AUGAACGCGACCAGCACUUCUGAUGCUGUCUCCGUGCUGGACUCUCGCUCAGCCGAUGAUAUACUCACUAAAGCUACGGUUGUGACAAUCCUUACCGCUCUUGUUGCUCGAAAUCUGUCACGUCUUCGAAGACAGCCUCGCGGUCUGGCUAGCUAUGAGAUAUGGGCCUCCGUGUUAAUCCCAACCUUCCCGCUUGCCGAAUUGAUGAUCGGAGCACUCAAAUAUGUGCAACUGCGAGGAGCAGGCCAUUCGCAGCGAUUCAGCCUUUGUGCUGCGUUGGAUCAGCGAGCGUUCCCUUAUGAGGCGGAUGUGUAUCGAAAGGAAACAGACGAGGUCAAAAGAUCAGAGACAGGACAGGCAAAAGGCUCAGAGACGUCUGACGGUCUUGAAAACACAGACUCAGCAGCACCCGAUGAGGACUCCAUCCCAUUAUCUGCUGUGCCGUCACAGAAUGCGGAUGCUCAGAAAAUAGAGUACAGUCAGAAGUGGUAUCUACACGUAUCAGGGUUGCUGCUAUAUUCCAUUUUCACUCUCUUCAUAGAGAUACUGUGGAUCAGAAGAGCGACAGGACUUCACCGCACAUUCCUUGAUGAUUUCGUGGCAAUGACAGCCUUCUCCGGUCAAAUUCUCGCAUUGAUCAGUAUUGCCCUCAUGAUAAUCAACACGAGGUGGACAGUGGCCCCUCACUAUGUGGAGAAGUUUAAGAAAGUACGCAGUGAAGCGGACCUCACUGAUCUCCUGAUGGGUUUUACAUUGCAUGCUCGGCUGCCUGAGCUAUUUGUCGCAUUCACCAUGGCCACAUGCGUGCAAGCCAUCACCUUCUUCAUGCCAGGCGACGACGCCACGGGGACACUUGCAAUAACAAUCCCCUGCGACGGCGGUGACGGCACCAAAGGCUUUCUCCCACGCCUCAGGAAUAAUCCUGACGCACCGGUCUUUCCAGGGUCUAGCGAGCGACUGGCCCAGCUGACGCGACCUUGUCAUCACUGGAUGAGCAGGCAAAAGUCUGAUCUGCAGGGCAUUAUUGAGAUAAUGGCCGAUCUCGGCUACUGUGCUGCCUAUCUUGCAUCUCUCUGGCCUGUGAUACUCAUUUGCAUACUCGCCUUCUCUACAGUAUUUAGGGCAUUGGGUCGUCCUCAGAGUAUCGUUGCAAGAUAUGCAGCAGUAAGCAUCGAGGGUUCAGGAUGCUUGUAUCUGUUUCUGAGCUAUGGACUCGUGUCUGUCACUAUCUGGAUUUUGACGAGUCCGAGGGGAUGGGAGCCCUGGAUGUGGAAGGAUCCUUGGGCUGAUAAGUUCGGGAUGCCGCGAGCUUUCGUGUGA